AUGCUCGACUCACCGAUGCUCUCGUGCUGGCAGAAGUUGACGAACACUUUCCAGCACUUGUCAAACAACUUCGUCUUGAUUACGAAACCAGGCCGCGGUGAAAUCUGUGCAUGCGCGGAGGAGCACCGGAAAGCGAACAACAGCCGAAGGAGCAGCAGCAGGACUGAGUCCGAUUGUCAAGAGCCCCCCCCCAUUCGAACUGGUGGAAGCUUCUCGGUGACGAGGGAUUUUAAGUCCCAGGAGACAUCCCAGUAGUGGGUUGCCGUUGAGUGGUGUUGAGCUUUGCCUUCAGAUUCCAAGCAAGGAAAAGCACACCAGUGUUUCGUUGUUAGCUGUCUACAUAGACCAUUUUAGGUCCUUAGUAUGGUAGGCUGCGUUCGACUGCUCUUUCGUUGCACUCGGAACGCUGGCGUCUGCACGCAGAAAAAAAUAGUAGGACUACAACGCCCCCAUUCCUUUACUCAAGAGGCGCAAAUUGGCCACAACUGAUUGCAUUCCAUGCCCUGGAGCAAAUGCGAUAUAUUCUUGUCGAAUCCUACUUUCUUUCUCAAUGGGCCUGCGGCAUAUCAGGUGGCAUACUUCUCUAUGUGCAGCGGUUCAACGUACGACGCAGAUGGGGCAAUGACCAACAAAGGUCACCGUGUUCGUUUCUUUUCCUUACCCCGAUGCCGUUCAUAUAUUCUGCCACGCGGGUUGUCAACAUACCGACGCGUCGGGGUGGAUGGUGAUUGAUGGCGAUUGCUUUGUGUGGGUGGGGUGUUCAGUCCAAAGAACCUACCGAUAGAUCGAGUCACGAGAGCGAAAAUAAAAUAAACAACGCGCAGUUGCCAGAGCAUCAUCAUCACGUUACUUGAAGUGGUCUGGCGAGAGGACGGGCGUGCAGAUGAUAUAGAAGCAUGAAUGGAUCCCUGGGUGUGGGUACUACUGCUGUGCUACAGUAGCUCGACAUAAUCAUUCGCGUGUGUGUUUUUAUUAUUAGCAUCGACCGCGCUAACCGGCUGACCAAUUAAAAGACGUCAGUGCCAGCGGGUAAAAAUCAAGGUCCCUAGAAGGGGGCCAAAAUUCGAAAAAUGCGCAAUGCGCUUGAUGCGAAUGCCAAUACGACUCUCUCCACAUGUUCUUUCACGUAGACACACGUCUCAGCUACACAAAUGCAUUCGCUCGAACCUAGGAAGCCACUGAUGGCAAAGAGCGGAGAACAGCAAAAGGGUUAUUUCAAGCCCAGCCGAAGCCAGGAUAUCGUGGAUAUCGUGGUAUGCUGCAUCUCCCAAUUUGAUGAUCGUACACUCCCAAGAUCCAACAGUCAUCGUGCCAGCAGCUAGAUGAAUCAAACAAAACAUCAAUACA